GUCCUGUAUUGCAUUUGCCGCCUCGGCAUGACCUCAGCUGGGGGCUGCCGGGCUCUUCCAUCCCUCGUCGAAAACGUACACAGCCUUUUUAAUCAUGAUUGAGGAGCACAUUGAGAAAAUGACGCGGCGAUGUGACACACGGAGUUGUUAAACCGAGGAAGUAAAUCCCACCACCAGCACCAGUCGCCAUCGGUGGCUCCGGCCAGGUCUUGCCCGUGCUUCUGCACUUAAACCGGGGAGGAAACCCCGAGGAUCACGGCCUCUUGGCCGGAUGACACCGGCGCAGACAGCACCGCGAAGCUAACCAAUUAUGUAUUCCAAUGGUUGGAAAUAAGUGUACAAAAUGGCGUGUUGCAUUUAUUUGCUGCUAGGUUAGUGGCUCUUAGCUGCCGGAUGGACGCAACGGAAGUCGGACCGUGAGUGACAGUUGGAGCUAAAGGCUCCCCAGGCAUGAUGGAAGGACUUCACAGCCAGGCAAUAAGCUUGGACCCCCGCAGGCAGGAGUUACUUGAAGCUCGCUUUACUGGCGUCGGCGUGGCCAAGAGUUCGGCCAACAGUGAAUCAUCCAGCCAGUCUCUUUGCAGCGUGGGGUCCCUUAGCGACAAGGAAGUGGAGACACCGGAGAAGAAGAGCGAGCAGAGAAACCGGAAGAGAAGAGGAGACGUGUAUGACAGCAACAGUCAGGGAAAGGGAAGAGGACACAAAACCAGUGAUUAUUUUGAGUUUGCUGGCAACAGUGGUUCCGGGACCAGUCCGGCCCGCAGCAUCCCCAUGCUGGUGCGUUCCUCUUCCCAGCACUCGCUGUCCAAUCCAUCGUUCCAGCAAAGCAGCCCUUCGUCAGGAAGCUCGGCCCACACAGACUCUUCAUCCUGCAGCUCUAGUAAGAUGGCCCACGCACACUUGUGCUCCCACAGAGCCACCCAGUCCGAUAUGACGCUGCUGAAGCUGGCGGCACUGGAGAGAAACAAGAACUCGGACCUUGAGAAGAAAGAAGGGAGGAUAGAUGACCUGCUGAGGGCCAACUGCGACCUCCGGCGUCAAGUGGAAGAGCAGCAGAAGAUGUUGGAGCGCUUCAAAGAGCGCCUCAACAAGUGUGGAACCAUGAGCAAGAAGCUCCUCAUUGAAAAGUCAAAGCAAGAGAAAAGUGCCUGCCGGGACAAGAGCAUGCAGGAUCGUCUGCGUCUGGGCCACUUCACCACAGUUCGCCACGGCGCCUCCUUCACCGAGCAAUGGACUGAUGGAUUCGCCUUCCAGAAUUUCAUCAAGCAGCAGGAGCGCAUCAACUCACAGCGUGAGGACAUAGAGAGGCAAAGGAAGCUGCUGGGGAAAAGGAAGCCGCCACCUGUGGUCCAAGCGCAGCCGCCGAGCAUCGAGCAGAGCAAACGAAGGAGCAGGAGCAACGGCCAAGAGAGUGAAGCGCUCUCACUGGCAGAGUAUCACGAGCAAGAGGAGAUAUUCAAACUUCGAAUUGGUUACCUAAAAAAGGAAGAAGCGGAAAUUCAGACGGAGUUGGAGCGCUUGGAGCGAGUCCGAAACCUGCACAUUCGAGAGCUGAAGAGAAUUCACCACGAGGACAAUUCGCAAUUUAAAGACCACCCGACACUAAACGACCGCUACCUGCUGUUACAUUUACUCGGAAGAGGAGGCUUCAGUGAAGUUUAUAAGGCCUUUGAUUUAACGGAGCAAAGGUAUGUGGCCAUUAAAAUACACCAGCUCAACAAGAACUGGCGAGACGAGAAGAAGGAGAACUACCACAAGCACGCCUGUAGAGAAUACAGAAUCCACAAAGAACUGGAUCACCCUCGCAUCGUCAAACUAUACGACUACUUCUCUCUCGACACAGAUUCAUUCUGCACGGUCCUGGAGUACUGCGAGGGCAACGACCUGGACUUCUACUUGAAGCAAAACAAGCUGAUGAGCGAGAAGGAGGGCCGCUCCAUCGUCAUGCAGAUCGUCAACGCGCUCAAGUACCUCAAUCAGAUCCGACCGCCCAUCAUCCACUACGACCUCAAGCCUGGCAACAUCUUGCUGGUCAACGGCUCCGCUUGCGGCGAAAUCAAAAUCACCGACUUCGGCCUGUCCAAGAUCAUGGACGACGACAGCUACAGCGCCGCGGACGGCAUGGAGCUCACCUCGCAGGGAGCGGGCACCUACUGGUACCUUCCCCCGGAGUGCUUUGUAGUCGGCAAGGAACCUCCCAAAAUAUCCAAUAAGGUCGAUGUCUGGUCACUGGGGGUCAUCUUUUACCAGAGCUUAUAUGGACGCAAGCCGUUUGGUCACAACCAAUCCCAGCAGGACAUCCUCCAAGAGAACACCAUCCUUAAAGCUACUGAGGUGCAGUUUCCUCCUAAACCUGCAGUCAGCGCUGAAGCCAAGAACUUUAUCCGUCGCUGCCUGGCCUAUCACAAGGAGGAGCGUGUGGACGUCCUCCAGCUGUCCAGAGAACCUUACUUAAUGCCGACUAUCCGAAAGGCCCUCGGCUCGACCGGCGGGGUCGCUGGCGGCGGCGCACCCAUGGCUCCUCCCUUUGCCUCCACCUCUAGCUGCUAUGGCAACAGUGCCUCCAACUGAAGGAUGGACCAGCUGGAUGCAUGCGCUAACGCUACCACUCAUUUCAAGGGCGCCCCAAAAUUUGCACAAAGCAACAGGCAGCAUCACAUGUCUGCGCUGUAAAAUCAGCCAAUCAUCAUCAGACAUUGCGCACACCCCCCCCCACCCGGACUUUUACUGCAAUGACUGAAAACCAAAGUAUAUAAUAUUUACAAAUAAAAUAUAAAUGAUCUUACUUGCAGUAAUACUAAUACGUAACCGGUAAUAUUAUUUUGAAUAAUCCACUGGAAGUCCACUGCUUUUUUUUCUGUGAUGAGUGAAACUCCUGCUCUAAAAAAAGGGGGAAAAUAAAAAUAUGUAACCGAAAAAAGAGACUUUGAGUACU